CGCUGUUGGUCUUCUGGAAUUCAGCACAGUUGAACGGCCCCAAGCUGGUACGUUUUUAGCCUUGAGCUAAUUUCGUGACAUAGAGUUGACAUGGAGGGUGUUUAACCAAUGGUCAUGGGGGCUACUUUCUGGACUUCACACUGGUGCUAAUAUCAAAGCGUCCAAAUGCGACUAUCAUUUCCGAUGUUCUUGACGGAGUGGAAAAAUACACGACUAGCCUGACACUAGACCACAUUGGUCACGUGACCAACGUUGAUUUAAAAAAAAAAAUGGGCAAGGCAUGAGAUACAAAGAUUAGUCAGGUCGUAGUCAGAUGUCAGGUCAACUUAACGACUUGAAGCGCCGAAAGACGAAGAAUAUCUCUGAAGCCACACACACUCAAAAGGGUUCUGUCACAAGGAGGAAAUGUGUAAAAAGUCAGAAGACACACUCUGCAGCAGAGAGCACGUCAACAGGUGGCGCGAACAGCAAAGUGACCAGUAACGCAGAGAGACUGUCCCGUAUCAGCUGCGAGUGUGUCCAGCUCGCAGGCAGGCGGCGAUGCUCAGCAUCUCCUCUGCUGGACGGACAGGAGGGAAAAGAGAACGGGCUCAGAUCGGCUCUUUUGCUGGACACCUGCGUGUGGUAUGAUGUACAAGACAGGCCUGCACCUGAGGACAUGGAUUCUGAAGAAACGGACAAAAAUAUCUUUCCCGAUGAUGACAGCAACCAAAUUCUUCCUGUAGAACAGUUCUUUGGGAAUCUGGAUACCGCACAGGAUUUUCCUCAGAGAAUAUCAGCGACUUCUUCCCGUCACCAGAGGCAGCACAGACGGCGGCACUACUUUGCUCGGGAGGACAGCGAUGAGGCUGACGAGGAGGCAGGCCGUGAAUUGACGCCGAAAGAGUACAGUGGCGGCACUUUGUGAAGAGACACUUCCCUAAUUGACUUUUCAGCACUAAGCAUAAGCAGCCGAAAGAAAUGUAUUUCGUCCACUCAGCUGUCACAAGCGGCAAGGUAAUUUGUGCUGUUUUUGGGUACUGCAGUUGACAUUUGAAGAAAACGUCCCACUUUGACACCCAAGUAUGGUGAGGUAGGCUUUCAAUUUGUGGUUGUUGAACAGGUUGAUCGGCGAACCAACCUCAAGACCAUCACUUAUCAUUAUUAUGUAAACCUGAUGUGCUGGAGGAAAAAAAACCCUGUGUAAUAAUCACUUUUGGAGGAGAGUCAAUUGUUUGUGCAAAGUUGCUAUUCAUGGUCAGUCUUGAUCUCGAUUUCCCACGAAUAGUGAAGGGUCCAUUCUAUGGUUAAAUUAAUACCUCUCAUCGCGUCAAUCAAAAACAAACAUGAUUGUUUUGAUAAGGGAUGCACGCUAACCGUUUUGUUUCCCCACUAAUAUGGUAACUGCUAACUUCCAGCUUCUCCAAGCGGAUACGAAAACCAAUUUGUAUAAGAUGUAUUUUUUUGCAUCCUACAAAUACAGUGCUCAUAAGUUUACAGACCACAAGGGUAUGUAAACUUCGGGUAAUAACUGUCCAUCCGCUGUUGCGGUUUAAAAGAAGAGAACAUUUAGCUUUAAUGUAGUGCUGGGUUGAAGUAUCAUCCCUUAGCGUCCAUUCACUUAUUUUGCUAAUCCUAUCUUUCCCCUCCAGAACGUCCACAAGGCAGCACAUGAUUGAAUGUUGACAUUAUAGUCAUUCAGGUUUUUGGAACAUAAAAAUGCAUUUUAAUUGCAGUCGGUUCAUGACAUACUGAAGGUGCUAUUUUUCUUUUUUUUUAAAGAAGUUGCCAUGCCAAGUAACAACAGACAUGAUAAACAUUAUAAAUCCAGUCCGCAGUUUUCAGACGCAGCGAAAUGACGUCUUUGUUUCACACAAGCGGCCAAACGGAGAAGGUUCAAGAUCUAAUAUUGGGAUGAUGCAACUUGAACGCAGUACUAUUUCAAGUAACCAGAUCCACACCAAGAAUCGAAUGAAAAAGAGCAUUUAAUAUUUGAAAUUGUUUUGGAUUCUCACAGCGUUCAUGGAAUUGCACUUGGGCAGCUUUAACACUGUACAUCUGCGUAUAUACAGUAUGUCUAUAUAUACAUCUCGAUAAAAUUGUUUCUUAAUGUAGCUCAUUAUACACUGUUGUGUGUGUUGUCACAUUGUCAAAAAAUACACCUAAACACAUAACCUUCCGAUCAAGCCAUCUGUGAGCUUUAUAGCUGUUGCAAGACACGGUGUAGAGCAAAUUAAUCGGGACAUCUAGAUGUUUUAUAUAUUUAUACUUCAUGCCUUAUUCAUGUUGAAUGCUUUUCAUAUUGUACUAUGCAACUUUCAGACCGAGUGAUUGUUUCAAAACUCAGCAGUCCUUGUAAGCAUUUAAUGCAGUAAACAUUGCCGUGCCAAGACUAA